AUGCUCUUCAUACUCACAAGAUGUACAAGGCUCCUACAGUUCCAUAAAGAAAGCAGAUUGGCUGAAGAUGAACUUGUUGUUCAACUCCAUCAAUCCCUUCAUUCAGCAGAUAAACGUAUUCCUCCAAGACCCUCAAAACCACUAUCAUCAUCGUCAUCAAGAAAAUCUUUCAGUCAGGAACAACACGGGAUACUUAAAGCUCAACCCUCCAUGUCAUGUAGGACCCGCUUUCGUCCCAAAUCUGACCAAGGAAUGACCACAUCAUAUGCUGGCAACAUGACUCCUAGGUCGCCAUUGGUGACACCAAAAACCACUACCAGCCAGAUAGACUUGUUAUUGGCAGGGAAGGGUGCCUAUUCUAAACAUGAUGACCUUCCACAGAUGAAUGAGCUUGCUGAUAUUGCUCGAUGUGCUGGCAAUACGCCAUUGGAUGAUGACCGAUCUUUGUCGUAUCUGCUGACGUGUCUUGAUAACUUAAGAUUCGUGAUCGACCGGAGAAAGUUUGAUGCCCUGACCGUCGAGACAUUUGGAGCACGCAUAGAGAAGCUUAUUCGGGAGAAGUAUUUGCAAAUGUGUGAGAUGGUUGAUGAUGAAAAAGUUGACAUCGCAAGCACGGUUAUCGUUGAAGAUGCUCCAUUGGAGGAUGAUGUGGUACCGAGCUUGAGAACCAGCCCUAUACAUUCCAUAAAUAAGGACUACACUUCCAUUGAUGACUUUGAGAUUAUAAAAACGAUUAGACGUGGAGCAUUUGGGCGCGUCUUUUUAGCGAAAAAGAGAACCACAGGAGAUCUUUACAUUAUAAAGAAAGCUGACAUGAUCAGGAAGAAUGCGGUCGAGAGUAUAUUGGUAGAGCAUGAUAUUUUGAUAUCAGUCCUCAAUCCUUUUGUGGUCCGUUUCUUUAAUUUUUUUACUUGUCGCGAAAAUUUGUACCUUGUCAUGGAAUACUUGAAUGGCGGUGAUUUAUAUUCGUUAUUGAGAAACUUAGGCUGCUUGGAUGAAGAUGUUGCUCUUCCUGUCAUAGUUGCUUCAACUGCUCCUUUUGACAAACAACCAGAAGUUGAUGUUAGUGAGGAAGAGUUUCUACAAUUUGACACAACUGCAAUUCCUGUCAUAGUUACUUUAAACAAGGUGUCCCUUAAUAGCAAUGUAGUAUUAGAGGUCAAGUAUUGCUAUCAACCAAUUAAAAUUUCGUUCACCAAUGGCGUAAUUAAGAUUACAAACACCAAUUUCUUUCAAACAACAGAAGAUCUAGAGUUUAAUUGGGUGAUUGAAGGUGAUGGAUGUAAACUUGAUUCUGGAACUCUCAGUCUACCAACAUUAGAGUUUAAUUGGGUGAUUGAAGGUGAUUUUGGUUCUUGA